AGGGUGGCAGCAAGUAUAAAAAAGGAGAUCAACUGUUGUGGACCACACUCUCAGCUUACCCUGACACACUCGGCAGAGGACGACUGAGAAGAGGAGAACACUUCUAAACACCUUCCAGAGAUGGCAAAGAUUUUCAAGAAGACCAGUGGAAACGGAGGACUGACCCUCUACCUGGGGAAGAGAGAUUAUGUGGACCAUGUAUCCUCAGUGGACAAAGUCGAUGGUGUCGUGAAGCUGGACCCUGCAGAUUUUGGAGACAGGAAAGUGUUCGUGCAGCUGGCAUGUGCCUUCCGCUACGGCAGUGACGACCUGGAUGUGAUGGGCCUUUGCUUCAGGAAGGACAUCUGGACCCAGUUCGUCCAGAUCCACCCUCCUGUAGACAAGCCUGCUCUGUCCGCCAUGCAUGAAACACUGCUGAAGAAGGCUGGAGACGGCGCACAGCCUUUCUCUUUUGAAAUUCCCAACAACCUGCCGUGCUCAGUUUCUCUGCAGCCUGGACCUGAUGACAAGGGGAAGGCCUGUGGUGUCGACUUUGAGGUCAAAACCUACCUUGCCAUGGAAAAGUGCAACCCUGAUGAGAAGAUUGAGAAGAAGGACACUGCUCGCCUUAUCAUCCGUAAAAUCCAGUACGCCCCGUCUCAGGUGGGCGCUGGGCCAAAGGCUGAAAUCUGCAAAAGCUUCAUGAUGUCUGACAAGCCUGUUCACCUAGAAGCUUCAAUGGAGAAAGACCUCUACUUCCACGGUGAAGAUAUCCCAAUCAAAAUCAAAAUCAAAAAUGAGAGCAACAAAACAGUCAAAAAAAUCAAAGUCACUGUGGACCAAACCACAGAUAUUGUCCUCUACUCAGCAGACAAAUACACCAAGGCUGUUUUUACCCAAGAGUUCGGAGACACUGUGGAGCCCAACGGCAGCUUUGAAAACACUCUGACCAUCAAGCCCCUGCUGGCUGACAACAAAGAGAAGAGAGGUCUGGCGCUGGAUGGUCGACUGAAGGACGAAGACACUAACUUGGCCUCAACCACAAUGCUGCGAGAGGGUAUAGAGAAGGAUGUGUUGGGAAUCCUGGUGUCCUACAAGAUUAAAAUUAACCUCAUGGUGGCCGGAGGAGGCCUGCUGGGUGGCCUCACUGCCAGUGACGUCACAGUGGAAUUGCCACUGAUGCUCAUGCACCCCAAGCCUGAAGAGUAAAGACUGCACAUCAGUAGAGGAUGUUACCCUGGAGGUUGAGAAAACACCCACAGAAAGACAGGAAGACAACAAAGGGAAGUGACACAAAGCGAAGAAGAAUGUGACGAGUGCCCUGAAACCAAACAACAACAAACCAAGCAACUGAAGAGAAUGACAGUCUUAACACACCAAGGACACACACAGGCGUAACAUCAAUCCACUCAGAUUUUGUUGUUGAAUUGUUGUCAUUUAGCUGUAGAAAGAGUGUUUGGAUUUCAAAGUAGUAUCCGACAUUCAUACACCAAAGACUUCCAUAGAAACACAUAUAUGUGCAUAUAAUAACCGUUGGCCUGUUUUGGAAAUAUGAGUAUAAGAAGAUGAAAAAAUCAGUAUGAAGCCCAUAAAAUGCGUUGUACUUUUGAUCACUGUGACACACUCAUCGGGUACGUUGAAUGAUGUGUUUCGUUCUGUGAAAUGUACUGAAAUCAUUCGGACCGGACACAUCGGAUAUCUCAAAAUACAAUAAAACUAUUUUUAAAAAUG